UCUCAGUUAAGGUUAGGGUUUCCGACAUCAGACUCGAGUCUCUGGGCACAAUAUAUGAGCGAUCGUCCCCUUAGCCUGCCAUUUGAACUUCCUUUUCUUCGAACCUUGCUCAUAUCAGCUACAGAGAACCCAUUACUUACAUCCCCUUGGUCUACAAAACGCCACCAUGGCUUCCAUACAGGAGCUGCCUAAUGAGCUCAUCGUAAUGGCGGUAGCUGACAUGCCGCUAUCCACCUUCGCUGCUCUACGACAGACAUGCAAACGAUUCAACGAAGUCACGAUUGUAAUCUUUGGGAGGAGAUUCUUUCGCACCCGCAAUAUCAUGCUCCAUGAGAGAAGUGUCCAGAAUCUCGCCUCCAUCGCGAAACAUCCCGUCUCUGCACCCUGUGUUCGCAAGGUCGGCUUUGCACUCACCCGCAUGAAAAGUGACUGGGAUGGGUUUGAGGAAGAAUGCGAGGCCCGCCGGCACUAUGGAGUAGAAGAAAUGACAUUUGAACGCAUGCACGAUAUACCCCAACGAUUGCCGGCGACAGCCUUUAUACUCGUCUUAGAACAUGCCUUUACGAGACUCCCAAAUUGCAAAACAAUCUCGCUCACCCAUAUCCAACGACCCUGGGGCUUACAUAAACUUACAGCAGAGGAGCUGUCAGGAGUUCAGACGUAUUAUGAGCCUCAAAAGUUCAAAGGUAGAUGGUUUAUCCGAUAUUUGAUUGGGUAUAUCUUUACCUUGAGCAGCAAAUUUGGUAUGGAGAAUGUUGAGAUCUUUGCGGACAAGGUGUGCCACAAACCUUUGAAAUGGAAGCCCCGCAAGCCUUGCACUACUAUCGGGAUCUAUGAUAUCUGCAUGGCACGGCCUAUUGCUAGCUCAAACCUGAGGUCAUUGAAAAUGACCGUAAACACAUGGUAUCGGCGCUGGCCAGACGACGCGUUUUCCCAAUUGACUUCGUGCUUUCCCCAGCUAUCAAGUUUAACAUUGGACUUUGAAAUGGGAGCUAACGGCUUCCUCGUCUCCUCGAAAUUCAUAAUACCAGGGCUCAAAGAGCUCACACUCUGCUGCAAGAAUUGCUACCCGAGGGAAUUAACAGACGUCAUAAAGCGACAUGGAGAGACGUUGGAGCAUGUGGCUUUCCAAGAUGUCUACUUGGGAAGUCUGCAAGACUGGCUCGUUUUGAUGGGAGUCUUAUGCAAGAGGAUAUCGCAGAUCGUGCGUUAUCCAAACAAAUCAGAACUUCAGGCGUCAUACAGGGAAGUGUAUAAUAUCGCCGAUCUGGAGAAUGACGAUGACAAGAGGAAAAUGCAAGAUUUGCUCCCUCGUGAUCACUUGAUUGGCACUUUUGUCUCUACGCCGAUCAAUCGGGCUCAUGUCCGCACGAACGGAGCAUGCGUGGUCGACCAUUUUCAGGCAGCGGCAUAUUCCCUCCCCUUGUUCCGUUUCAGCAUGUGA